AUGAAGUUCACCACAUUCGUUACCAGUUGUUUAACUUUCGUUUCAUUAGUCAAUUGUCAAAUAGUAAGUCCAAGUUUCACUGAAUCUGAAGCUGACUUAGUUGAAAGAGACUUGAAUAUUCCAUCCUUAGUUUCAGAUUUACUUGAUGGUUUUGACGUAGCAGAUAUCAUUUCCAAUAUAGAUUUCGAAAAGAUUGCAGGUUGGGCUGAUAAUUUAUUGAAUGAAAAUGACAAUGUUCAGUAUUUAGACAAAAUUUUAGUUGGAUUAAAGAACACCAAACUUUUACCAGAUGCUGCCGUUUAUAUCGUUACUCAUAAUUCAACUUUAGAGCUCUUAGAAAAAGCUUUACCAACAGUAUUAAAAGUUGCAGGUCAAGUUAAUACCACUUCAUUGUUUGUUGCUUUAGAUAGAUCAGGUUUAGCUUAUUCCGUCGUUGCUGGUGCCUUGACUGAUGAUACCUUUUUACCAGCAGUUUUAGAAGUUGCUCAAAAAUUGAUCAAAUCUGGUGAUAUUGAUUACCAAAGUUUAUUACAACAAGCUGGGGAAUUCGUUUCCGACAAACUCGGUAAGAGAGAAUUAGCUCUUUUGGAAUAUCAAACUGAGGUUGAACCAAUGCAAGAGUUAACUAAAAGAGAUAACAUUGAAGACUUAUUGACCACUGUUUUCGGCUCAAUUGAAAGAUCAGGUUUAGUUAUGGAUACACUCGACACCUUAUUAACAAAUGAUGAAUUCCAAGAUGCUACUGUUAUCUUGAUUCAAGGAGCUCUCCAAAAUAUUGGAUCAUUUAUCUCAGGAGUCAAUUUUUCAGCUUUAAAACCUUUCCUUACCUCAUUAAAUGAAUCCGGAUUAUUACAAAACACUUUACAAAGAGCUUUGAAUGACCAAGGUUUAAGAGAGGCUUUAACUAGUGAUUUGGCUGCCUUAUUGAAAAAAGGAACUAUCAAACAAACUGAUUUAGUUGCUAAAGAAGAUACUCAAUCCGUUUUAGCUAUGUAUUCGUCCAUGGAUGCUAGUUCAAUUGAAGUUUCUACCACCACUGCAUCUUCAUCAACUACUUCAUCAAGUGCCGCACCAACUUCUGAACAAUCAAGUUCCGAUGAUAGUAGUGCUUCCUCAUCUACCAUUAACUUUUUAGCUCUUGCCAUUUGGUCUUUAUCAUUUGGAUUAAUUUAA